UCGCACAAUAUUGAGCCGCUAACCUCGUCUAAUGUGUAUAUCUAUAAUCCAUUGGUCUACAAUAUUAGUUUAUUGUAUUCCUGGCAUCCUAAUGACAUGCAAUAUUAAAACUGAACCCAGCUUUAUCAACUUGUUUGCAGCUGGAGGUAGUCUCUGUCGAUACCGCUCCACGUGCUGCGCUCGUGUUUUCUUUUUGACUUACGCAAGAAUUUUUGGCGCCAUUCUAUUUCAAAUUUGAUUGGUUUAACAAGUUCUCUUUGUUCUAUUAACCAAUCACCAUCACUGUUUUGCUAUCGAACUUGAAAAGGCGCGCUUUCCUUAUUCGUAAUGUUCAUUCAUUGAGUUGUGUUCUGAAACGCACGCUAGUGAGGAGAUUAGGAAAGAAGUUGAUCGUAGUUGUUCUUAUAUCUUCUACAAUGCCUCCUGUUCCCGUUGUUAAUUCUGAUAUUGGUGAGAAGCUUGCCAACGAAUCGACCUCGAGCGAGAGCUUAGACCAGUCGAAUUCCCUCGAUAAGACUAAAGAGCCUUUCUUGGAGGAAGAGAAUGGCGAACAGAGAAUUGCACUGAGAAAGAAUGUCUCUCUUAUCAAUGGAGUGGGCCUUAUUGUAGGCACAGUGAUCGGUUCUGGUAUUUUUGUAUCGCCAACAAGUAUCCUCGAGGAAACAAAUUCGAUCGGUGCUUCUCUCCUGAUUUGGCUCGGAUGUGGUUUGCUAGCUUUGUUCGGAAGCUUGUGUUACGCCGAGUUGGGAACUUGUAUAAAGAAAUCCGGUGGUGAAUAUUCCUAUCUUAUGGAGGCAUUUGGUAGGAUCCCUGCUUUCUUGUUCGCCUGGACCUCUGUGUUAAUUAUACGGCCGGCAUCAGGAGCCAUAAUCGCUCUCACUUUUGCUGAAUACGUCUCGAAGCCAUUUUACCCAGAUUGUGAAGCCCCGGCGUACCUCAUGAAGCUUUUGGCCUGUUCUUGUCUUGUGAUCCUCUUGGUUAUAAACUGCUGGAGUGUAAAAUGGGCUGUAAGGAUACAGGACAUCUUCACAUAUGCCAAGCUUCUUUGUAUUGUAAUGAUCACAAUCAUUGGAUUUGUAGAACUGGGAAAAGGAAAGACAGAGAGCUUUAAAAACAGCUUUGAAGGCUCCACAACAAAUAUUGGAAAGAUUGGUAUGGCCUUCUACUUGGGUCUGUGGGCGUACGAUGGAUGGAACAACCUCAACUACUGUACAGAGGAAAUGAAACGGCCAGAAAAGGAUAUGCCGAGGGCAAUAGUGAUUGGUAUCUCCCUCACAACUGUAUGUUACCUUUUGGUCAAUGUGGCAUAUAUUACGGUCUUGGGAGCAUCUGGUAUCCUAGCAUCAGAUGCAGUGGCUGUGAGUGUUGGAAACUUGUACCUUGGUCCAGUUAAUUGGAUAAUUCCUGUCUUUGUUGCAUGUUCAACUUUUGGAGCUGUAAAUGGCCUUCUUUUUACUAGUGGGAGGCUGGUGUUUGUUGCUGCACGAGAUGGACUAAUGCCUCGUCUGUUGGCCAUGAUUCAUGUUAAAAGAUUUACCCCUCUCCCAUCUCUGUUUUUCACGACUCUUAUCUCUGUGAUCAUGUUGAUUCCAGAAGCAAGCAGCUUUUCAAGUUUGGUGGAUUUCUUUAGCUUUGCGGCAUGGCUGUUUUAUGGGGGAACAUUUGCAGCUCUUCUUUGGUUGCGAUACAAGAGACCAAACAUGAACAGACCCUACAAGAUUUUUUUACUUGUACCCAUUUCAAUGCUGCUGGCCUCUAUUUACCUGGUGGUGGCUCCAAUCACAACUGAUCCUUGGGGAUCACUCAUUGCUCUGGCGGUCAUUGUAGCAGGUCUUCCUUUUUAUUGGCUGUUUAUCGGCAGUGAUGUUGCCCCAAAAUUCAUCCUUGAUGCUGCAGAUGCAUUCACUUCUUGGUGCCAGCGAGUGGGAAACAUGGCCUUUGAGGAUCCAGACACUCUUCCAGUCCAAGUCUAACUCAAGAAAUUUUAUUCAGUAGUUAAUGUUUCUUCUUUGGCAUUGCUAAAAUGCAGGUUAGCUGGUGAUGAUGAGGGUUAACAUAUUAUUCAAUCUACUAUGCUGUGAUUGCUUGGCAAUUUACAGAAGACCUGAUGGCAUUAUGGUUUGUUGGCUUAUCUUCAGACUGAAAUGUUUGAGUACUACUUGGGUCAUUGUGGUGUGUUCUUAGGCAACACACGUUACUUUUGUGGUACCUCUGUCCAUCAUUGAGUUUAAAUGCCUCCCUGCCCACUUACCUAGCAUAUGUCUUUCAGCAAUACCACUCCUUAUUUCCAUAACCAUUCUUAGGAUUAGUUAACUUAUGCAGCAGAAUAUUGGCUUCAGUAUUGAAUAGAAUAAAUAUUAUUAGAUUUGACAUUUAGCAAGUAACACCUGGAAUAAGACAUUCAUGAGAAGUGUCCAUAGGAGAGAAUCCUCUAGCUAUUUUUUCUUUUAACAUGGAACCAUAGUACAUUUUCCUGUUACUUUGUACUAUUUU